GUACAAAACCUUUUUUUUUUUUUUUUCCAAAUCUAAUAAAGUACUGUAGUGCUAUAUCGUUUAAUUUUGAGGUGUGUGGUGUCUACUGAGUACUGACUCGUCCCAAAAAUGAACAUUUGCUCUCACCAUAGCUUAUGGCUAAAGCCAGCUUCUUUCUCUUCUUAUGGCCCAUUAUUCUGGGAGAAGAAAGACCAUCCUCCUUCUUCUUCUUCUUCUUCUUAUUUUUCUCUUUCUUGUGGUUAUGUUGUUUGUUCAGUAGACAAAAAUGAGUCCCAACAACACUUUGAGGUUGACCAAGAUAAGGCCAGGGAUGCCCUUAAACAGCUCGACCAACAGCUGCAAUCCAUCUCCCAAAAACAACUUCGGUCUCCUAAAAUCAAAGCCUCUGAUGUGAAGCUUACAACAAGAGAAGAAUAUGAUCAAGAUAGCGAAGUUGAAGUAGUGAGGCACAAAACCCAACAGAAUCUACUCGUCAGUUCCAGUACCAAGAGGAUUUGGCGGCCUUGGGGGAUGAGUUGUGGAGCUGGUUAUAGGCCUCCUCCUAGCACCUGAGUUGUAUGAGUAGUCCCAAUUCCAACUUCAGUAACUGGUGUACCCCGAGUUUGCUGGCCAGUUAAUGUGGAUCUUCUUUCAACACUUGAGGAGCGCAUUGCAACCAUCUUGUAAGUGACUUUCUUGAGUUUUGGCUCUCAAUGAAAGUACCAAAAUAUUGACUAGGAAAUUUGGACACAGACUCCUAAGCCACACUCGCUCUCUAGAUUGGUGAGAAUGAGAGAUAUGUUAGGUAUAAAUAGCUAGACACAUCAAUUUAUAGUAGUUCACUUCCUGUAUCGCAAGAGUAAUAUAGCUACGUCUACUUUGAGUUUUUAUUC